AUGUGCUCUGGCAAAGAUCCUGCCAAUGGCAGAAUCACCAUACCGAUGAACACCUUAGAGAUUGGCUUGUCGUCGGUGAGUUCUUUCAGAGCCUCCACAAAAAAGUUGGACGUUGGACCCAAACCGGCCACCGACACAAGAAGAGCAAUGAAACAGACUCUGAGAGGGAAGAACUCUUCUUUUUCGUCUGACUCGGACUCAGUGUCGGAGUCGGAAUCUGAAUCCGACGAGUCGGUGGCCUGGCUUUCCGAGAGCUCCCUGUCCUGUCUCUCCUUGAGCUUGAUUCUUUUCAUUGCUUUGAACUCCUCGUUGGUUGACACGAUCAGCGAGAUCACAGACAUCAUGCUGAGCAGCAACGUAAUACAGGUGAGGAAAAACAGGUGGUUGGCAAUACCUUUCACUGCGGUUUUGGCGAUCAGAGCACUAUCGAGACCGCCAAAGAAGAAACACGAGCCAAUCACAAGAAGGUUGUUGGAUAUCACCGAUCCAACAAGCGAAGUAAUGGUCAAAGUGGCGUCGUCCUUGGAAACCGUGGUACCGGAAAUGAUAAGUUCGACCAGAUUACCAAACGUGGCGUUUAAAAGAGCCCCCAGAGCAGGACCGACGUGGUGUUCUGCAUGCUCGGUAACGUUGGACAAAAUCUUGGCAAAGUACAUCAAUGCCAAGACCAAAGUGAUAACUGCUCCUAUAUCUUUCUUACGGGCGUAG